AUGUCCACCACCCAGGAUACCGCGGCGUCGUCGCUGCAAUACACUUGCAACACCUGUCUCGUCGCCUUCCACCGCAGCGAUGCGCAGAGAGAUCACAUGCGGAAAGAUUGGCAUCUUUACAACAUGAAGCGCCGUAUUGCUUCCUUGCCACCUGUCUCUCUUGAGACGUUCAACGAAAAAGUUUUGGCCGCCAAAGCUACAUCCACGGAGGCCGCCGCGAAGGCAUCGUACGAAAAGUCCUGCCACACUUGCAGCAAAGCCUUCUACAGCGAGAACUCUUAUCAAAACCACAUCAAGAGCGCGAAGCACAAGCAACGCGAAGCUCAACUGAGCAAGGACGGUGACUCCGGUUCCGUCAUGAGUUCUGCGUUCUCCCUUGGAGAGCCCGUCAAAACCGACGUUAACAACAUCACCGACAAUCUCAAGUCUACCACCAUCGAAGAACAAGCCGAGGAAGACGAGGAUACAACUAUGGAGGAAUACUCCGCAGCUCGCUGCCUUUUCUGCAAAGACAAGUCUGAAGACAUCCACGCCAAUGUCGACCACAUGCUCAAGGCUCACGGCAUGUUCAUCCCAGAGAGACAGUAUCUGGCAGAUAUCGAUGGUCUGGUGCACUAUCUCUACCGCAAGAUCACCGAGAACUCUGAAUGUAUCUACUGCCACACCAUCAAAGACAGCCCCCACGCUAUCCAAGCCCACAUGCGCGAUAAGAGCCACUGCAUGAUUGCCUUUGAAACCGAAGACGAACAAAUUGAAAUCGGACAAUACUACGACUUCCGGAGCACCUACGACGAUGAUGACGAUGAGUCCAUGCCCGAGGAGGGUGGCGUCAAAGUCAACCGCUCCGAUGCUGAUGACCAAGGAUGGGAAACCGAGAGCUCCGCAUCUUCAGUCGACGAGGACGAUUACUACCACCGAAAGGCACCCAACGCUAUUGAAGAUGAAUUUGAGCUUCACCUUCCGUCUGGAAAGACCGUCGGUCACCGCUCACUUAACGUCUACUACCGCCAGAACCUGCACAACUACCCCACUGCCGCUGAACGAGCUGAGCGCCAGCUCGCUAUUGAGAACGGAGAGAUUGAAGAAGAGCCCCGCAGUCGUCCCACUCACCACCGUGCCCUCACUACCCGUGCUAAUGGUGGUCUGGGUAUGAUCCGAGCCACCGAGGAACAGAAGAAGGCCGCUCAUGUCGCAGAGCGUCGCGAAAGACAACGUGGCAUGCGCCAGGAGAACCGUCAUCUUGCCCGCGUGCAGAAGGGCGGCAACCACCAGAAGCACUUCCGCGAUCCCCUCCUCCAAUGA